CUGAGGCCAACCUUGGUAGCUUUAUCAGCAUCUACCUCUGCUGCUAACAAAAACACAAAUACACGACCUAAUUCUAUCAAAGAGAGGCAAAACAAAAUAAAACAAACGCGCAAAACCUAAUCGACUUUUUACGAUCCGAUUUCUUCGAGAAAUACAUCUAAAUGAGUCGUCCACAGGAUCCCCAGCGAUCAUUCUUCCCUUUUGGAAAUCCUUUCCGGAUGAUAUCACCCAAAGGCACUAAGUUGUCUCCACAAAUGCUGGCAGUAUUACGUGCUUUCGAAGCAACUUUGGAAGAGAGGCUGAAAAAGCUUAUUCCCCAAAGCAAGGAUGAGAUCCUAUGCUUGUCUUGGAUGACUUUGGCUAUGCAGACACUAUGUGAGAGUCAUAAUGACAUUAAAACCCUCAUAACUGAUCUCGAGCUACCUGUGCAGGAUUGGGAUGAAAAAUGGAUAGAUGUAUACUUGGACAUUAGUGUCAAGUUGCUGGAUAUAUGUAUUGCAUUUAGCUCUGAGUUAUCACGCAUGAACCAGGGUUAUCUUUUACUGAAGUGUGCAUUGCACAAUUUAGACUCUGCCUCUUCAAAGCAGUUUGUUCGCGCCUGUUCUUCACUUGAUGGUUGGAGAAAGCAUAUUGGUUCUAAAAACCAUAGGAUUGAGAAAUGUGGCAGCAUUUUGGAUAAUCUUGUGGGAUCACUUGAUCUUCCAAAGGUUAAAAAGUCAGCCAAAGGGAAGGUUUUGAUGCAAGCUAUGUAUGGAGUAAAGGUGCAGACUGUAUUUGUAUGCAGUGUGUUUGCUGCGGCUUUUUCAGGCUCUACGAAGAAUUUGUUAGAUUUGGAUGUAGCUGACAUUUAUUCUUGGGCUCCAGCUUUUAAAAAUUUGCAGGAUCUUGUAAAUGAGGAAAUUAGAGUUAGAUUUUCAAGUGGGAGAUUUAUUGUAUUGAAUGAGUUGGAAGUGGUUGAUUCCUCUGUGAAGGAAUUAUAUCCUAUUAUCCAGGAUGUUGUAGAUACUAUUGAGACAGAAUCACAUGUGAAGAUUGUUGUGGAAUUAGGCAGAGCUACAGAGAAGCUUUCACAAGGAUUAGAUCUUCUUACAAAGGAAGUGGAUGGCUUUUUCCAAGUGGUCUUGGCUGGUCGUGACACCUUGCUAUCUAGUCUGAGGUCAGGUGCAACUGUCAAUGACCGCAUCUUGUGGGGUAAUACAGAUGCAGAAGUAGUCAAUUGAAUAUGUUGCAGCCUAACUCUGGUAUAUACAGAUGGAUAUAGAACAGCUGCAAAUCCUUUGUGUCCAAGUGCCACACCUUCUGAUCUCGUGACACCUCAGCUCAGAGUCACUCAAUGAGUGCCAAUUUGGAAUAAUAAUUUGGGCUUGCAUUCCUUGCUAUUGAGAUCUGUGCAAACUGAGUUGUGGUCGAGAUCUGAAAACUGAGAAGUGAAUUUUUGAUGGAAUACACAAUUGCUAUAUGCCUAUCUAUAUCAACUCUGAGGUGAGGUGAGAGAGCUUUGCGAGGUCUGUUGAAGAGAUCAGAGACCAAGUUUUUUGAGGAAGGAUGAUGACAUUUGUGGGUGGCAAAAUGGAGACUGAGGUACCUACCAUGCCCUCUUUCUUUUUUCUCCUACUUAAGCCCUGUUUUUCUUUCCCUUUUUACACCAUUAAAAGAAAGGCUUCAAACUCAAAGAACAAGCUAGAAAAUCCAGAACAAAACAACGUGCUAGUGGAAGCUUAACAAACAUAAACAGGCACCACUCAUUAUCUCUAUGCAUGACAAGCGUAUAGAGUAGAGAACAGUUAAAAUUUUGUGAGCAAUGUUGGAGAUGGCAGCAGAACGAUACUUGGCUAUGAAGAAUCCCAAAGGAAUGGCCAUCGGCCAGUUACAACAGCUAUGAAGAUUGACAAUUUGAAGGACAUGAUGGCAAGUAAAUCUCUAUGUUCACCAUUCAUGGUGAUGAUAUUAAAAAAAUCACAUUUGAUGGCAAUAAUUCACACUUGUGCUGAUUGGCUUGUCAACGAGGGGAACCAACUUUAUCAACUACUACCGGAGAGUCUACACCUUUACAUGGAAGAUAUGGCUAAUGUUUUAGAUGUUCCUGUUUCAACUUCUGUUUUAAUUUCUUUUUAGUCCUCCACAAUUAAGAAGAUAUAUUUAAAAAGAAAAAACAUAAAGAAUAAAUGAGUUAAAAAAAACCAUGAACUACAAAGAGACACUUCCAAAUGAACAAACAUAAAAUAUAUAAUUGUUUUAUCAAAGAUUCAUGAGUAUUAGUCAAUAGUGCAUAUUUGUAUUCUCU